GUGAGCUGGCUCCCGACUCCCUUUCUCUUGCUAAUUCGAGCCUCCCCGGCUCGGCUUUCCUUUGCAAAAGUCACUUCCUGGUGUGCGGUGCUUCCUGUAUGCUCCGCCGCCCCCACAGUCUGGAGCACCAGACCACAGCUAGCUAUAGGAUCUCAUCCUAACGAGGACCUCACCCGGCAAGAGCUCCAGGUACUCAUGGAUACCGCCAAGCCUCGCUCAGACACAGUCGUCCCCAGUGUGACCUCAUUCCACGUGAAUGGCUGGACUUGGAUGUGCUUUGGCCAAUACAAUCUGAGUAGAACAGACACAACAAACGGCUGUCAGCCAGUCCAAGCAGCUCUGAGAGCUGUACUAUGGGGCUGGAGAGAGCGCUCACUGCUCUCGCAGAGGAAGGAAAGUUCAAUUCCCAGCUCCCACACCCCGCAGCUCAGGACUUCCUGUAAGGCUAGCUCCAGUGUUAUCCGACACCUCUGGCCUUUAUCCACCUGUAGAAACCCACAGGCUACACACAGACACAUAAUUUAAAAUAAAACUUAAGCUCUUCCGGUCCCAGACGCUGAGGGAGCCGCGGGUUACUAUGCAAACAUGGCCAAGUCCAAGAACCAUACCACACACAACCUGUCCCGCAAAUGGCACAGAAAUGGCCUCAAGAAAGCCCGGUCACAAAGGCAUGAAUCUCUUAAGGGGGUGGACCCCAAAUUCUUGAGGAACAUGCGCUUUGCCAAGAAGCACAACAAGAAAGGCCUGAAGAAGAUGCAGGCAAACAAUGCAAAGGCAGUGAGUGUGCAAGAGGCCAUCAAAGCCCCUUUGAAGCCUGCAGCUGUUAAACCCAAGAUGCCAAAGGCCCCUGGCCACAAACACAGCCACCUGGCUUUCAUCGCUCACCCCAAGCUUGGGAAGCAGAUUCGAAGCUACAUGGCCAAGGGUCUUAGGCUCUGCAAAUCAAAGCCCAAGGUUCAAACCAAGGCAGAGGCCACAGCUUCAGCUAAGGCCCAGACUCCAGCUCCAGCUCAGGCUCCCAAAGGUGCCCAGGCCCCUGUGAAGGCCACGUAGGAAAUGGUUCUACUAAUGUGAAGACAGACGGACUGGUGUGACACACCCACCUACACACUAUGACCAGUGUCCUAUGCUGUUUUUACAA